AUGACUGAAGUAGCUGACAACUCCAAUUCUGUUAAGAAGCUAUUUAACAAGAUAUCUGGACAACCAGCAUCCUACACCAGGAAAUCCAAAUAUACCUUUGGCAAGACCCUUGGUGCGGGAUCAUUCGGAGUCGUGAGAUACGCCAGAGACAACGAAUCCAAUGAAGAAGUAGCAGUCAAGAUCCUUCUUAAGAAGGCGUUAAAGGGUAACGAAGAAAUGAUCAUGGACGAAUUGCGCCUUUUGCAAGAAUUGCAUCACCCGCACAUCGUGGGGUUUAGAGAUUGGUUCGAAAGUAAGGACAAGUUCUAUUUAGUAACGCAAUUGGCUACUGGAGGUGAGCUCUUCGAUAGAAUUAUCCAGAGAGGAAAAUUUACUGAGCAUGAUGCCAGUUUGGUCAUUGUCCAAAUGUUGGAAGCAUUACUGUACUUACAUGAUUUGGACAUCGUCCAUCGUGAUAUUAAGCCAGAGAAUAUUUUGUACCUAAAUGACAGUGACGACUCUAACGUGGUCUUGGCAGAUUUUGGAAUUGCCAAGCGGUUGGCUAAUCCUAAUGAAAAGAUCAUUUCCAGUGCUGGAUCAUUCGGAUAUGCUGCCCCCGAGGUGAUUUUGGGAACUGGACACGGAAAGCCUUGUGAUAUUUGGUCAUUGGGUGUAAUCACUUAUACUUUACUCUGUGGUUAUUCUCCCUUCCGUUCUGAAAAUGUGCAGGACUUCAUUAGCGAGGUAAAGAAUAAUAAUGCCGUCAUCUUCCAUGCGGAUUACUGGAAGGAUGUUUCUAAGGAUGCUAGAAGAUUUAUCAUUAAGGCCCUUCAGUUCAACCCGGAUAAUAGACCAACUGCUGAGCAGUUGUUAGAAGAUCCAUGGCUCGUUACCAUCGCUGCUGGCCACAAGGAGGCUGACUUGUUACCACAAUUCAAGCAGAGAUUCGAUGCCAAGGCCAAGUUCAGACAAGCCAUUGAAAUGGUUAAGUUGAACAACAGAAUUAUGAAAUUGAAGGAAAUCCAGACUGAGGACGAUGAUGACCCCAAUGAAAUCAAUCUCUUUGGAGACGAUGGUCCCAUCAGCCAUACCAGUAUUGAAGAAUCUAAACAGCAAGCAUCAGAGAACCCUAAGAAAACCUCUCCACUAUUCAAUUGGAAGAAUUUGUCUCAUCACUUGAAUAAGCUUGAUGAUCUGUCAAAGGCAUCAUUGACUGCCAAUACCGGCUCUGCUGGUACCACAUCGAGCAGCUUGGCACCCUCUGGUGCUAAAGGAAAAUCGGCAGUUGCUACUUCAGCAUUUGUACAAUUGGUUCAUGCGGCAUCGCAGAAUAAGGAAAGAGUAAAGGGAUACAAAGAAGAUGAUGAGGGUCAGAGCAAAGAGGAAUAG